GUGGCCGGAAGCAGCCCGCCCCGCUGCAGGCGUUGAGCGUCUUUCCGUUGCCAUGGAGUCCGCGGAGCCCGCCAGUCCCCCGGACCGGAGGUCCCAGUGGUCCCAGGGUUAUGACUAUGGCGACACGACGUGGGGGCCGACCAGCCCCAGCCAGUCCACCAGGAAGUCCUCCCUGCAGUCCUCCUCGUACUCGGAAGCGUACCAGCACGGCCUGGCGCUGCGGCCCCGCCGCCUGGGGCAGCUUUCGCUGGCGCUGGUCCCGGAGCCGCAGAUGCUGCGGCUGCGCCCGGCCUCGCGGCGCAGCCAGGACGUGUCGCACCUGUUCACCUGCGUCUUCCGCAACCAGUACUCGGUGCCCGUGAUUGGGGAGGACCUGGGCGCCAGCUUGGUCCGAGCGCGCGGCAGCACCGACUCCCGCCACCUGCAGUUUGUGGAGCAGCUGCAGCAGGUGCAGGAGCUAUACCGGCAGCGGCUGCGCGAGGUGGAGGUGGUGGAGCAACACAUCACCGAGGCUCGGGCCCGGGCCCUGGCCGAGACGGAGCGGGCCACCCACCACGCCCGAAUGCACUACGUGGAGCCCCCGGACAAGCUGCCCCCAGUGAAGACUGUCUUCCGGUGGUGUGUAGACAGCAACCUGCUGAGGAAACACAAUCUGAUCUGCCCGGAGGAUUACUACAAUGACCCCCUGCCGUUUUGUUCAGCCCCCAAAGGCAAUUUUUCUCCUCUGUGUUCACACUUGAAAUUCAGCUGCCAGAGGCUUGCUAGGCCAAAGGGAAAACCAGAGAAGGAGCCCGAAGGAAGUCUGUGCAGAGAGAAGGUUGCUGCAUCUGAAGUGGAGUCUGACUACACCAUGGAGAGUUCUUUGCGGGCCUCCACCCUGAAGGCCAAACAAAGGGAGAACAGAGAAAAUGCCAGGAAAACAGGUCCACCCAAGAAUAAGAGCUGGAUGGACCACUUAAGCGUGACGCAGAGGCUGCUGGAGCGGCGCUUGCUGGCCCAGGUGGAGACCCGGAACCACUUCCUCAGGAACCCCCGGUUCUAUCCUCCUGACACCCCUCGGGGAGGCAGAUCUCUCAUCUUCCCCCCAAAGAUGCCAGGACUGACCGGAGGCUCCCUAAGAUGGGGCCCAGGACACAGCUCUGCAGACACACCAGUGUUUCUAGCUAAACCCUCGGUCGUGUUUUUCACAGACUAUGAAAUUGGACCGGUUUAUGAGAUGCCCAUUGCCCUGCAGAAUACCACCGCCACCAGCCGCCACCUGCGCGUGCUCCCGCCCUGUACACCCUACUUUUCCCUGGGGCUGGGGAUGUUCCCCGGGAAAGGAGGCAUGGUGGCCCCCGGGAUGACCUGCCAGUACGUGGUUCAGUUCAUCCCAGACUGCCUGGGUGACUUCGACGACUUCAUCUUGGUGGAGACGCAGUCAGCGCACACCCUGGUGAUUCCUCUCCAGGCCCGGAGGCCGCCCCCAGUGCUGACCCUGUCCCCAGUGCUGGACUGCGGCUACUGCCUCAUCGGGGGCGUCAAGGUGACCCGGUUUGUCUGCAAGAACGUGGGCUUCAGCCUGGGCAAGUUCUGCAUCAUGCCCAAGAGGAGCUGGCCACCUCCCUGCUUCCGGGCUGUUGCGGUCAGCGGCUUCGUGGAGCAGCCCCCCUUCGGGGUCACGCCGUCCGUGUUUGAGUUGGCGCCAGGCUUCGCCAUCUUACUGGAGGUCCUGUUCCUCCCGACGACCCUGGGGAAGGUGGAGCGAAGCUACCUGGUGGUUUGUGACAACUGCCAGCUGAAGGAGCUGGUGCUCACAGGAACCGGCCAGCUGGUCGCUCUGGACCUCAUCUACGUCUCUGGCGAGCGAAGUGAACCCGAGCCCGGGGAGCUCACAGACCUGACCGCCCAGCACUUCAUCCGGUUCGAGCCCGAAAACCCCCAGAGCACCGCCAAGAAACUCCUGAUCAUCAGGAAUGCCACGCACGUGGAGCUGGCCUUCCACUGGCAGAUCAUGAAACCCAACCUGAGGCCUCUCCUGCCUGGAGAAACCUACAGCAUGGAAAACAUCAAGUGCCACCCGGACCUAGACACAGCCUUUGCCAUCGUGCCGGAGAAGGGGACCCUCAACCCCCACACCGACCACGAGUUCAUCCUCAGCUUCUCGCCCUACGAGCUGAGAUUGUUCCACAGCGUUCUACAGAUGGUUCUAGAAGACAUCCCGGAGCUGUUGAGCCCCGAGGCCGAGGAGAGCAUGGAGGACCGGCCGCACCGCAUGGACAGCGUGAUCGUGCUGGAGAUGGAGGUGAAGGGCCCUGCGGAGCCGUUCCAAGUGCUGCUGGACCCCUACGCCCUCAUCCUGCCCGGCGAGAGCUACAUCGGCAUGAGCCUGAAGAAAGGCUUCAAGAUGUGGAACAACAGCAAGUCUCGCAUCCGGUACCUGUGGGGGCGGCUGAGCGACUGCCACAUCGUGGAGGUGGAGCCCUGCUCAGGGACCAUCGAGCCCAACGAGGUAGGUGAGUUCGAGCUGAAUCUUACUGGCAGCGUCCCAGGCCCGGUCAGCAUGGACCUGCCAUGCGAGAUCCGAGACUCGCCCACGCCCGUGGUGCUGCACAUCGAGGCCACCUUCAAAGGGCCCUCUCUGGUCAUCAACGUCUCCGCUGUCCAGUUUGGCCUCCUCCGCCUGGGCCAGAAGGUCGCCACCACGGUGCAGAUUCAAAACGUCAGCCAGCUGCCCGCUGCCUGGCGCCUCCACGAGAGCCGGGUCUGCCUGCAGGAGAGGCUGGAGGAGGAGUCCCCCUUUGCCAUCGAGCCGUCCAGCGGCCAGCUUGCCCCACUGGGCGAGUGCAGUGUGACCAUCAGCCUGGACACCUCACACUGCCAGCGUCUGCAGACUGUGCUGGAGCUGGAGGUGGAGAACGGAGCCUGCAGCUUCCUCCCUGUGUACGCCGAGGUGCAGGCGCCUCACGUGUACCUGCAGACCAGCCACCUGGAGAUGGACUGCCUGUACUUGGGUGUGCCCACAAAGACCACCGUCGUGCUCAUGAACGGCACCCAGCUGCACACCCGCUUCCACUGGGGCAAGCUCCUGGGGACCCAGGCCGCCCUGUGCUCAGCAUCGGUCAUCCCUAGAUGCGGCGUACUGGGCCCCGGCGAAGAGCGCCAGCUCCACUUCGAGUUCACCGCCUAUACCCAAGAAGAGCUGAUGGACCUGGCCCUCCCUUGUCGUGUGUCUGGCAUGAAGAAGCCCCUGGCUCUGGGCAUUUCCGGAAAGGCUCGGGGACUGGAGGUGACCAUCGCCGUAUCCGUGGAUGGCUCAGGGAACAGCACCAAGCUGUGCCUGUCCCUCCCCGAGGAGCUGCACCUGGACUUCGGCUGUGCCGUGCCACUAAGGACGCACGUCCACGGCCACCUGAUCCUCACCAACCACUCCCCGAUCCGCACCCCGUUCAUCCUCAACUUCCAGAGCUUCGGGAGCCCCGAGGACAGCCUGAGCAGGAAAGCCGCCCCCCCCGAUGUAUCCCUUGCCCUGCUAAAGACAUCCCGGGUCCAAGAACAGUUGGCGAAACGCGAGAUGCUGGGUUUCAUGGAGAACAUACUGUCUCACGGGAAGGGCGCAGCCUUCUUCCCGCACAUGUCCCAGGGCAUGCUGGGAGCCCACCAGCAGCUGCGGAUCAAGAUCACCGCCUGUGCCAACAUGUGGGGCGAAUACUGGGACAAGCUCACCUGCAUGGUGGGAGACCUGCCCCCCACCGUCAUCCCAGUGCACAUGGUGGUGGUGGGCUGCCCCAUCCGCACCAUGAGGACUUCCUACUACACUCUGGGGCACUUCCAGAAGGAGCCCAUCGUCAGGUUUGGAACCCAGGUCUCCGGAGGCAGGCCGGUCACCAGGAUUGUCCACCUGAUGAACUCCAGCCCCUGCGACAUCCGCCUGGACUGGGAGACCUUCCUCCCGGAGCACAGGAAGGACCACCUGCUCGAGCUGCUGGUAUUCUACGGGCCUCGGUUUCCCCUCCUUGACGCGGCGGGGAACGAGCUGGUGUGCUCCGAGGGCUCGGAGGCCAGCGGCGCCUGGCCCCCCAGCAGCCCCUCCAACCUGUCCGAGUCCAGCCACGCGGCCUCCCUGUCGGUGGAAGGCAGCUCGUUCGCCCCGGCCAAAGCCACGGAGCAGAUCAUCUCGGUCAUCCUGAAGGGCUACGAGGGCGUGCCCAGCGACCGGGAGUUCUCGGUGCAGCCUCGGCAGGUGGUGGUCCCUGCCAGGGGCAAGAGCGCCGUCCGCGUCUCCUUCACCCCCGCCACGCUGGACCCCGGUGAGCGGCACAAGGUGGCGUGCAGCGGCUAUGCCCUGGGCUUCAUGAGCCUGGACAACGAGGCGGACAGGGAGCUGGCGGGCUGCGUGCGUCGCCUGCAGGACUUUGCCGUGGACCCUCUGCGGCUGGAGCUGCACGGCUACGUGCAGCGCGCACAGCUGAGCGUGGAACUCGACUCCGCCGGCCACUUGGGGUUCCAGUGCCGGGCCAGCGAUCUCAUCCCCAAGGACGCCUGCGCCGGGGUGCUGAGCGAGCUGCUGAUCUCCCGCCCCCUGAGGCUGAUCAACACCACGGAAAUCCCACUCCACUUCCGCAUCCUGGUCUCCAGCCCUUUCUCCGUCUCUCGAGACAAGGCCAGCGUGAGCCCCGGCCCUGGAGCCAGGGGCAGCGGCCCCAAGCAGAGGGCCGGGGGGCCGGCGCUGGAGGGGAGGAUGCUGACACUGCCCGCCCAGAACAACCUGCAGGUGAGCGUGUCCUUCCGACUCUCCUUGGAGCUGCUGUCCUACCAGAGGCUCGCGGCUGACCAGAUGCUGCCGGGCGUGGACAUUACACAGAGGCCGAGCGGAGAGAAAGAGAUGGUGUUCACCCAGGACCUGUACCUGGAGUUCACCAACCAGACCACACAGGUGGUGCCGCUGCGGGCCGUGGUGGCCGUGCCCGAGCUGCAGCUCUCCACCAGCUGGGUGGACUUCGGCACCUGCUUCAUGAACCAGCAGCUGAAGCGCGAGGUCUACCUGAUGAACCUGAGCGGCUGCCACAGCUACUGGGCGGUGAUGAUGGGGCCAAAGGAGCCGCGGAAAGAGGGCCAGGUGUUCCAGGUCACCCCCAGCAGCGGGCUGCUGGAGGCCAGGCUCACCAACGCACCCCCAACGUCCGUCACCCUGCAGGUGUAUUUCACCGCCAGGGGCAGCAAGCUGUUCGAGUCCACCCUCGUGGUGGACGGCCUGCUGGGGGAGAAGGCCUGCACCCUGAGACUCCGGGGCCAAGGAUCCUACGACGAGAGAUACAUGACCCCCCAACCCUUCUGACCCGCCCUGCCCGGCCCGCACCCCGGAAAUGCGGACGGAUUUGUCAGAGACAAGGGAUCCAGCCCGGGCCCUGCGUCCUCUCAAAACGAGAAAUAAAGCACAGCUGUGGCAGUGACGUAGCACAGCCGUAGGAAUGACGUAGCACGGCCGUGGGAGUGACGUAGCACAGCUUUUCC